AUGCUGUCGUGGGGAGCGGCGGGCGGGCGGGCGCUGCGCUGGGCCAGCGGGCGGGCACCGGCCCGCGCGUUCCGCGCCUCUCCGCGGGCGCGAACCGCCAUGCCCAGCUGGGUCAUAGACCGGUACGGCAGCAACGAGGUGCUGCGCUUCACCAGGGACAUGAUGUUCCCCAUCAUACACUUCCCGAACGAGGUCAUCAUUAAGGUUCACGCUGCGAGCCUGAACCCCAUCGACCUCAGCAUGAGAAGUGGUUAUGGUGCAACCGCGUUAAAUAUGAAGCGGGAUCCCCUGAAACUCAAAACCGGCGUUAAUGAAUUUCCUAUGACACUUGGUCGAGAUGUCUCUGGUGUUGUUAUGGAAUGUGGUCUGGGUGUGUCUUAUUUCAAACCUGGAGAUGAGGUGUGGGCAGCAAUUCCCCCGUGGAAACAAGGCACUCUGUCAGAGUUCGUGGUAGCUAGUGGAAAUGAGGUCUCUUUUAAGCCGAAGUGUCUCAGUCACACAGAAGCUGCUGCCUUACCAUAUGUUGGUCUCACUGCGUGGUCUGCACUUAACCAAGUGGGAGGACUGAACCAAAGCAAUUGUAGUGGGAAAAGAAUAUUAAUAUUAGGAGCUUCAGGAGGAGUUGGUACAUUUGCUGUACAGCUAAUGAAGGCCUGGAAUGCUCACGUGACAGCAGUUUGCUCUCAUGAUGCCAGCACACUGGUGAAAAAGCUUGGAGCAGAUGAUGUGAUUGAUUAUAAAUCUGGGAAUCUGGAAGAGCAGCUUAAAACAUUACCCUUGUUUGAUUUUAUCCUAGAUAAUGUUGGUGGAUCCACUGAAAAGUGGGCACUAGAUCUCUUGAAGAAAUGGUCAGGAGCAACGUAUGUUACCUUAGUGACACCUUUCCUGAUCAAUAUGGACAAACUUGGAGUGGCUGAUGGAAUGUUGCAAACAGGAGUAACUGUUGGUUCCAAAACUCUAAAGCAUCUCCUUAAAGGCGUCCAUUAUCGAUGGGCAUUUUUCAUGCCAAGUGGCCCAAGUUUGGAUGAAAUAGCAGAACUGGUUGAUUCUGGAAAGAUUCAACCAGUUAUUGAUGAAGUCUUCUCAUUUUCUGAAGUUCCAAAGGCCUUUCUGAAAUUGGAAGGAGGACAUGCACGUGGAAAAACAGUGAUCAAUGUAGUUAGUAGACAAUAAAGUAUAUCUAAUCAUUA